AUGUCGUGUCGUUGUGUGAUUGGUCGUUGGCCAUUCGUGAUUGUGUUGUGUGAUCGUGUUGUUAGUGAACGUUCUGGUAAACUUCAACGCAACGAGAUGGAAGAAAAUGUCGCUGAAGCUGCGAGGAAGGCAGACUGGGAGGAGGUUCGACGACUGGUGGAACAAGGAGGGAACGUGAAUGAUGUGGAUAGAGAGCAGAGAAGAACAGCUCUACACUGGGCUAUGGCUAGAAAUUCACAUUCUAUUUGUUCGUUUUUGUUGUCACGAGGCGCAAACGUCAGUCAAAUAGACAAGGAUGGAGAUACGCCGCUUCAUCUCGCUGCUUAUGAUCUUCAUGUUGAUAUCUGUCAACUGUUAGUUGAUUACAAAGCCGAUGUUACUUCUGUCAACAAUAAAGGUCAAACUCCUCUUCACAUAGCUGUCAAUCCUUGGUGUGCACAUGACUUUUCCGUUGUGUGUCCUCCACUGAUAACAAACGAGAGUGUGAAUGUAGAAGAUCGUCAUGGUAACCGCGCUUUACAUAUAGCAGUCAAAAAUGUUAACAUUCGGACUGUCCAGCUGUUAGUGGAUUGUGGAGCAGAUGUAAAUGCAUGGGGUAAAGAUGAACAAACACCACUACAUACAGCAGCUGAUGGGGAGGAAGACUGCCCUGAAUUGUGUUCUAUUUUACUAGAACAUGAUGCCAAGAUUAAUACAAGGAAUAAACAUGGAAACCUACCACUACACUUGUUACUCUCUAAGGGAGCAGAUGUAAAUGCAUGGGAUAAAGAUGGACAAACACCACUACAUACAGCAGCUAAUGGGGAGGAAGACAGUCCUGAAUUGUGUUCUAUUUUACUAGAACAUGAUGCCAGGACUAAUAUGGUGAAUAAACAUGGAAACCAACCACUACACUUGGCAUGGAAACGAGGUCAUACAAGAACAAGUCGUUUGUUACUCUCUAAGGGAGCAGAUGCAAAUGCAUGGGAUAAAGAUGGACAAACACCACUACAUACAGCAGCUGGUGGAUGGAAAGACAGUCCUGAAUUGUGUUCUAUUUUACUAAAACAUAAUGCCAAGGUUAAUGCAGUGGAUAAAGAUGGAAAGCAACCACUACACUUGGCAUGUAAACAAAGGAAUGCUGCAACUACAAAUUUAUUGUUAUCUUAUGGGGCUGAUGUGACUGCUCUAAAUAAGGAACAGAGAGAAUUUAUUCAUGUGGCAAAUGAAUCCAUGUUAAAUUCAUGUCAAGAACACAAUGCUGCUAGUGCUGAUGAGAAUGUGACAAAAACUGAGUUACAUAAUCUUGCCAAAGCCAUACAAAGCUGUUGGAUCAAGUUUGCUUUGGAUUUAGAUCCAGAGCACUUUACAGUUUUAGGCGAGAUUGCCACCAUAAGACUUCAGCAGACUUCUCCUCUUCUUCAAGCUCAGGCGCGGAUCUACCAUAAGGCCCGAGACAUUGACUAUGAAGCUAUCAUUAAUGACUUUGCUAGGAAGCAUCCUCGUAGAAUGGAACUUACAAACCUUAUUGAUGAAGCAUUUUCACAGGAUGGCUCUUGCUGA